UAUCUGCUUCGACUUAUGUACCUCACUUUUGACCACCCAUUUCAGGUAUUGUGUAUGUCUUAUCUGUUCUACGAGGCGGAGCGCUCCGGCUAUCUUCCGCCCGACCAACGUGUUACCUGGCGCGGCAACUCAGGACUCGGGGACGGCAAUGACGUAGGGAGGGACCUGACUGGCGGCUAUUAUGAUGCUGGUGAUCAUGUAAAGUUCGGGUUUCCAAUGGCGUACACCACCACCGUCUUGUCCUGGGGUCUCAUUGACUUCACGGAGGGACAUAUCAAAGCUGGACAGCUAGACUAUGGGCGCGCCGCUGUGCGUUGGGCGACUGACUAUUUCAUUAAGUGCCACACGGCCGAGAGGGAGUUCUAUGGCCAGGUUGGGGACGGAUACGCGGACCACGGCUUCUGGGGACGCCCUGAAGACAUGACCAUGUAUCGUCCCGCUUUCAAGAUCCACCAAGGAGCUCCAGGAUCUGAUUUGGCUGGAGAGACUGCCGCUGCUAUGGCCGCCGCGUCAAUUGUCUUCAAGAAUGUGGACGACGGUUACUCCAGCACUCUGCUAACCCACGCUAGGCAACUCUUUGAUUUCGCUGACCAGAAUAGGGAUUUGUACCAUAACUCAAUCCCACAAGCAGCAGACUUCUACAGGUCGUGGAGUGGCUAUGGGGAUGAGCUGUGCUGGUCCGCUCUGUGGUUGUACCGCGCCACCAAUGAACAGCAAUACCUGGAUAAGGCCAAACAGUUCUGGGAUGAAUUCGGCAUCGGCAACGUUCCUGGCGAAUUCUCCUGGGACAACAAAAACGCCGGAGUCUAUGCUCUCUUCACGAUGCUGGACGGGGACGGCAAGUAUUCGGGCGCCCUCAACACCUUCCUCAGCAACAUCAGAAAUAACAACCCGUACACCCCUGGCGGUAUGGUAUUCAUCAGUGAGUGGGGCUCCACAAGGCAGGCAGCUAAUGCAGCCUUCAUUGCUCUCAUGGCAAACAAGCUGGGAAUCGAUUCGGGCACCAACUAUGGCUGGGGGAAGGGGCAGAUCGAUUACAUCAUUGGCACCUACGGUCGCUCCUUCGUGGUGGGCUACAAUAACGGUCCACAGAAGCCUCACCAUCGCUCUAGCUCGUGCCCAAAUAUGCCCGAGUACUGUGACGGGAACUGGGCUUUGAACCAGGGUGGCCCCAAUCCCCAGACGCUGUACGGAGCCCUUGUGGGGGGUCCUAGUCAGGACGGAAGCUACAACGAUGAUCGCCAUGAUUACGUGAAAAACGAGGUUGCAUGCGACUAUAACGCUGCUUUUACUGCCGCCCUGGCUGCCAUCGUGGAGUCCAUGUGAGACCAGGCACCAUGUUCAGAAUCGUUUUUAUUCACCACUAACAUUAUAUUAAAAGCAUUUGGUUGAAGUUACAUGGGCUCUUAAGAACGUUUUAUAUGAUGAUAGUUAUAGAUUGACAAUAUAUCUGUAGCAUUAAUCGGAGGAGGAUUCUUAAGAACCCGGAUAAUUAUCUAUGUGGUCUUGAAAGUAGUAAAGAUAAGAGAGCAAAA